GGGGUACGAGCGAGGCGGAUAGUAGACGGAUUCGCGGAGGUGGGUGGUGUGCGGUUGGUAGUGGCCCCGGUUGCGGGAAGGGAUGAUGUGGCGGACGUUGUGAUUGAUGCGACGGAGAGGAAGUGCGGCGAGAUGGACCGGUUGGAUGAAGCGUCCGGUGGGGCGGACUUGGCAGUGCAGGGGGAGAACUGUUUGAAACAGAUAGCCAGCAACUACGUGGAGGAAGAAGACGGCGAGAACUGCAGCGGCGAGGAGGAAGGCGUGGGGAGGGAGAACGGCGCGGAUUCGGCAGCGCCAGGCGGGCACGGGGGAGGGGGCCGGCAUGGAUUGGGUGAGAGCGUGGGCGUGGAGGUAAGAGACAGUGCGGGGCACAGCGGGAACGAGAGUGAGAGGAGAGAGGCGUCCGGGGAGAGCUGCGACGAAGAGCAGGGUGGGGGGAGUUCGGGGGAGGAAGAGGAGGAGGAUGGAGACGACGAGGAGGAGGGGGAAGAGGGGGAACAGCGGCACGGUGGCGCGAGCGUUGCGGAGAAUGGGUUCGCAAAUCUGGAUGAGAGAGAUGAGGGGAAGGCGGCGAACAGCGAGAGCUACUCGGGUGGAGUGGAAGGAUUGGCGGUGGAGAGGGAGAACACGGACAGCGCAGAGGGCACGAGGGAUAGGGUGGACGCAGCGGAGAAGAGUGUGACGCAGAGCGAGUGCGAUCCCGAGGGCGGAGGAGUGCAGGGAGGGCCAACGUUGCGUCGGAAGAGGGGGCGGCCGUUGAAAUCGAGUGAAAGGCAGACGAGCAUACGGGCAGGUCCUAUCACCCCUAAGCUAGAAGAGCCGAGGUCUGUGCGGAUAAAUCGUGGGGUGAAGCGACGAUAUCCUGGUGACGAAUCGGAGGACGACAGUUUGCCGAAACGGGUUCGUGUGCGGAGCAUCACGAAUAUAUGCGGGGACUUUGCACAGCCGAUUAAAGGUGAGGAUAUGAGCGUGGAGGAAGCUGUGGAGGCGAAUCCAGCGAGGAAGCGAGGGAGGCCGAGAAGGGGGAAUCGAGUGGAGGGUGUGGCGAAGGCAGACGAGGCGGAGGUAUCGGCAGUUCCGAGCAGCGGGAAGAGGAAGACGAUCGAGGCGGUUCUGGAUUCGGAGAGCAUGAAGUGGGCUUGUCACGGGAGAAACGGCCCGAUAUUUGCGUGCAACGCGGAAGGAUGCAAGAAGCGAUUCGUCGAAGCUGCUUCAUUGUAUGCUCAUGCGCGGGUGCACGGGGAUCGGCCAUACGUGUGUCAUUACGACGGUUGCAUCAAGAGCUUUUCGGAGAGGUCGAAGUUGAAGCGUCACUUCCUGAUUCAUACAGGCGAGAAACCAUUUCUGUGUGUUUACGAAGGGUGUGGCAAGGCGUUUUCGUUGGAUUUCAAUUUGCGGUCGCACAUGAAGACGCACACGGGCGACUACCACGAGUGUCCAUACGAUGGGUGCGACAAGAGGUACUGCCAGGAGUACAAGCUGCGAGCGCACAUAGUGAAGGAGCACAACAAGUCCGGGAAGGGAACGAAGAAGCUGGCGAAGGUGGUGGGCAACGGCGGGGGUGGUUUGGUGUCAGUUGCAGGGGCGAACGUGCGGGACGCGGCAGCGGCGAAGAAACGUGCUGUUGUAGCUGCGCUGCAGGCGAAGCGGUCGAAGCUGGAGUCGAUGAAGGAAGCUCGGGAGAGCAGAAUUGCGGAGCUGGAGGAGGAGAAGGAGAGGGAAGCGUUCGAGCUGAGCCGCAUCGAGCGGCUGCUGAAGAAAGUGGAGGGAGAGCAGAGACGGGUGGAGGGGCAGGGAGGGUCGCCGGCGAUGUCGGUGUCGGCAUCGGAAGAGGAGGAAGAAGAGGAGGAGGGGGAGGAGGGAGAGGGAGCGUGUCCGUCGAACGGAACAGGCGGGGACACGAGCUCGUCGGACGAGCAACAAAGCCGGCUGGAGUACACGGCGAUGGGAGAAGGGAAGGACGUGGUGAUGUUCGCGCACAAGCUUCCGACGGCGCAUCAGGCGGCGCGGUUGGUUCGGAAAGGAAAACCCGGGGGAUUUGUGGGAAAGAGCGGGGGGCCAGGCUUUACGCCGAAUUUUGUGGCGGGUAGUUGGAAGAAAGUGGAAAGGUUGUCGAGGGGGUGCGGAGCGAGUCCGUGUGGGGGAGGGAAGGUGAAGAGCGGGCAGCAGGAGAAGCGCGCGAACGGAGAGGCGUGGUCCCAAGGAGAGAGCAGCGUCAGCGGGGCAGGCAAGGCGAACGGAGGCGUUGGUGGGAAGGGGGGUGGAGGGCAGGCGGAGGGGGGAUCGGGAAAGGCGAGGGUGGUUGGGACGAAGAAGAGCGGAGCGAGUACAGGGAGGGGCGGGGCGAGGCGGACGAAUGCGAGCACGGGGACAAACGAGAAAGGGGUACGAGUUUCAGGAGGAGCGGAGAUGGCGAGAAUGGACGGGAAGGGAGCGAAGGAGGUAGGGACGGUGUCGACGCAGCAGCAGCAGCAGGGGGGUGGGCGAGAGUCAACAUCGGGCGCGUUUCUGGUGUCGAUGAACCCAAUUCUGGUGUCGAGCGACCACGGGUUUUCUCCGACGGAUGCGCGGUUUUUGGCGAACGAAGGGUUCCCGUCGCUGGCGCAGGGGUUACUGCGGGAGCGGCUGCAGGCGAAGGACGGGGUGAAGAGCAUGUCAGGGUCGGCAUGUCCACCGAAGGAGAAGGCGUACCGGUCGAUGAACGAGGUGCUGCACUCGGCAGCAGAGGCGGGGUUCGUGGGCGGUGGGGGAGGGAGCGAAGAGUUUGGGGGGGAGCAGGCAGCACCGGAGCAGAGCUUCGAGCCUUCGGCGGCGCAGUUAUUCACGUACCAUGAGCAGCCCCGGUUGGUGGACUGA